CGGCUUUCGAAACCAAUGAUUUAUUUAUACGCUGCUUCUACCUUUUCACGGAGCACGCAUUCGCGUUGACUUAUAAAUAAACUUUAAUGGCAUUUUGUUAUUCUAUUAGCAAUUAACGUGAUUUACGGCGUUAAAAUCGUGUUGCUCUCAUCUCCUUUGUUUGGAAAUAAGUGGGCGUGUGUUUCAGCUUCCCCUGAAAUACAAUCAGGAAGUUGUCCUGCGCCAUUUCCAUCGCUUCUACGCCAUCUCGAAGACCGUGCUUCUAGUUACAAUAAGAUUACGCCAUCAACAUCGUUGGACUCUUCUUCAAUUGAUCAAAAAACCCACUGCAAUCUAUCUGCAUCGAGGUUUUCGGACAGACUUUAGUUCCACCAUCUACUAUGUACUAGAUAACGUCGUCGUGUUAGCUAGCUGUUGUCGAUUGUUGUAGUAGUAGUAGUGAGGUGAACUAACGUCGUUGGCUAGCAGGUUAAAGUUAGCCUAGUUUAUAUUUUAGAACGAUUUGCUAGUAUCGUUGAUGUGUCCUCCCUCUCCACUUUGAAGUCAUGUUGGGCGAAUCACUAAGUCAUAUUGAACCAAAUCUGGACAACGUUGAAAACAAUAAGCCAUCAAUUUUGACUUCCCACCACGUCGGGGCAAGCCUAGGCAAAACAAGGCAAGCACUGUUGAAGAAAGGUGGCAGAAAAUUGCGUUCAACAACGUCAGGGUUGCAGCGGACACACCAGCAACCGCACCAAAAAACGCUGAGAAACAACCCCACGCGUCUUGCAGACAUCAACAACAACGUCGCAGCUCCGAAAGCCCCAAGUGCCGAGCUCGCGACUGUGCUGACCCGUCACCAUAUUAAGCAGGGGACAAAGAAAGAGCUGCUGAAGUCAAAAAGUGGGAGAGUGGAGAGGGCCACAACACCAGGUGACCAGUCUGUCCACAACCUCCAUAGACUCGAUCAAGCUGCCCAAAAUCUCAACACCCGAAGGAGCAGGCACGUUAAUGCACCUUGCAAUGCUCCCUCAGUACAGAAAAAUGACAACAGCUGCCACCCGAAGCCCAAUUCUGCUCCCUUCCAGCUCCUCCGUAGAGAGGAGAAGAAUCCCUUCAACUCAGUUGACAAUGUCAAGAUCGUGAAUGUAUCCCCAGCUGAGCUUGUACCUGAGGAUGAGCUCAAAGACGGAGAGAAGAUCUAUGCUGGAGCUAAAUUCAGCGAGCCCCCAUCUCCAAGUGUCCUGCCCAAACCACCCAGUCAUUGGGUCGGCGAGACUGCCCCCCAACAUUCCGACCACAGCCGAGAGCAAAUUACUUUUCAUUUGAAGUCUCUGCUGAAGGUUCAAGAUAAACCAUGAUCUCAAUGGAUGGAAAAUCUUGUCAAAAGGAUCCUUCUUUACCUGAUCAAUGACAAGAAAUUUGGCACUGAAGAAUUUGGACUCUGAAAGAACUGGAACUAUAACUUAACAGCAACAGAAUGUAAUGAGUUUUUGAUCUGUAAUACAAUUUCACAUGUUGUUUUGAGCAAGCGGCCUUGUUUUUGUGGGGAUUUUUUAUGAACUUGUGUAAAUGUAUAUACUGUAAACAUGUAAUAUAAGUGUAUAUUUUUCAUGUUAUUUUAACAGAAAGUAUAGUUUUGUUACUGAAGCCUAAAAAAAGAUGUUCACCUUGAGCUGGUGCACUAUUUUACUGUUCCAAUAAUAGGCCGCAUUAAACGUAAGAGAUUUUCUUACAAAUUUGCACAAGACUGACUGAACCAACACGGGUCCCCAUAGUGGCAAGCAUAGAGUUGUGUGAAUGUUUGGGGUUCUGUGAACCUCGGCCCACCAGUUGUGACUGCUAUUGCCCUGAAUGCACUGCAGGGAGGAUCCACAAUCUUCAGGGAACUCUCUGGAAGGAUGGUCUAGAAGACGGUAACCUCGUCCCUAGGCUCAACGACAGAGGGAGCCACCUGGGUGGACGAGAUUAAGAAGAUGGAGUGACAAAUGUGAGUCUCAAAAUCAAGAAUUCCCCCUCCGACGAGGAGGACAACUGCCGCUGCAGGCAACAGACAUUCAGCACUGACUGAGUGCCCUUUGUUUUGAAUCUCUAGCACUGACACGUUUCUGUUAUGUUUUCUUAGAGUUUUGGUUUUGUCUUUCAUUUGCCCCCUGAUCACCAGUGUUGUGUUCCAUCUAAAGCACUGAGAAUGUUUACCGGAAGUAAGAUGUAUGAUCAUUUAGAGUGACAUUAUCUUUAUUAUUAUGUAACACACCUUUGACCCCUUCCCUCUGGAGCUAGGCAGCUGCUAAUUCUUGUACCUUCACUCAGUGUCACACACAAAUGAUGAAAUUGUAUUACUGUACCAAAGACUUACACAUUUUUUUUGCAAAUGUUCAAAAAGUUAUUUUAGUCCAGUGACUAAAUUUGUAUACAUCUUAAAGCAAUACACUCACAUUGCAAUUAGAACUGUUUUUUAAAUUUUAUGAUGCAUUUCAUAUCUAAAUUCACAUUAAAAUAUUGGCUACCCCCUA